CAUUGAGCCAAAGUGGAUUAUUUUCUGCAGCAGGGUGCGUUUUGGACCUUAGUGAGAGGAGGAUGCAGGUCAUCAUGUGAGCCCUGCGCAGCUGUUGCAUCAAGGGCUUCUUCCGUUCACUCUACUUUCGGUUUCCAUUUCUAGCUAGAGCUGGAAGUAUUCACGGCUGCAAAGAGGUAAGAAGAAGUGAUGGCCAGCAUCACCAUUUCAUGAAAUCCCUCCAUUAUACUUUCACAAAUCAAGAAGAAUGGCCAACAGUCCUGCAGGAAGAGAAAUCUGCCCUUACUGCAAAAAAACAUUUAAACGGCUCAAGUCCCACCUGCCUCACUGUAAGAUAGCAGGAGGGCCAAACUCAAAUGAAGUUUUGUUUCCUUCUGUGAAGGUCUGCAGUUCUGUCAUGCCUGAAUUGCUGAAAACUGAGAAGAAAGGGAAGAUUGAAGGCAGAGAAACUGCCCCACAAAAAGACAACAAGAAGAGCAAGCCUGACCUGACCAGGAACAGAACAAUAAAACCUUUAGAAGAGUUGGAAAUAGCUGGGAUAGCACCAAGCAGCAAUAUGCUUGCAAGUGAUGCUACACAAACACAAAUUAAGCAUAUUACUGAAAAGACACACAAAACCAAAGGCAGUGGACAAAGAGCCUCAGGAGAAGAGGUCCAUGCAAAGCCAGCUAAAAAAGUAGUUUCAGAAAUGACACUUGAAAAGAAGUCAUCCAAAAUAAGGAAAAGCAGAGGUAAAAUGAUAUCAGAGGGAAAGGAGGUGAUGCCUCACCUUGCAAUAGAACUACCAGUUCAGAGUACAAAACUUACUUCUGAACCUCUUAGCCAAACAACAAAACCUUUUGCCAAACACAGGCAUAGUAAGGGGGAUGUUGGAAAGCAGGAUGAAUCUAGCUGGCCUGAUUCUUCCACUCAAGAUCUUCAACCCAUUCCUGAGGGAAUUACUGACAGAAUUGAACUAGUGAUUGAAAACCACCGUGUGAAAGUGUUGAGAAAGAAGCCUAAGUCUUCUGUUCAAAACAUCUCAUUGAAUGGAGCUGCCAUCAGCAACUCCAAGACAAGUCGAUGCUCUAUAAAAUCAUCCCCAGAAGGUGAAAAGAUUGACUCAGCUGAUGGACAGCAUGUUGUUAAAGUUACACAGAGUGGGGGUGGAAAGACUGCUUUAGGACUUGAUCUUGCAGGGAAUGUCUGGAGUGGAAAGAUGGGAGAUGGGAUCACUUCAGAUAAAGCACACACAUUGGCUGACUGCUCUGUGGGCAGCUACAGAAAAGUCUCCAGUGUUCCUCUUCAGUUGGCAGCAGAAGUAAAAAACAUAAUAGAUAAAAAUCCUUUAUUUUUGAAAAUAGAAGGAGGAUAUCCUAAAGGGUCACAUGUAUAUACCAGUCCCAAAUCAGAGAUCUAUGUUGAAUUUGCAGAAGAACUUGGAGAAAAAUAUUAUGAUAAAACGUUGAACUGUUCCUUAACUAGCUUAGAAACAGGUGCUGUUUUACCUUCUAGGACUAUUGUGACCUCAGAAAUAUCUUUGAGACCACCCUCACUCCAUAUGAAAGAAAGGACUAGUGCCCAUGGGCUUUUAGCCCCUGACAGAAGUGAGGAGCCACGUUCCUUGGGACUGGAGUUUUUUCCGGAACUGUAUCCCAAUUAUCUCAGCCUGGGCUUGCUUUCAAGGAGGCUGCCUCAGCGGAGUGUAAGAAUUCCAGGAACUCAAGCUCUUAUUCUCCCUUCUGAAGGCAACCACGUUCCCUUGGCAGAAAGGUGUUUGAUGGAUGUAAAACUCCAAGAUUUGCCUGCUUGGCUAGCCACGCGUGACCUGUCUCCACAGGGGAUGCUCAGAGUAACUCGCAGAGCCUGGAAUGGAUACUACAAUAAGUACAUCAAUGUAAAAAAGGGCAGAAUGGCUGGGAUCUCUAUGCUGCUGCUAGGCUACUGUUUCCUCAGCUACGCCUGGAGCUAUGAACACAUUAAACAAAGUCGCUGGCAGAAAUAUCAUUGAUGAGAACCCAAGAGCAUUUCAUGGAAAGAAUGUGUGGAAAAAGAACAUGGAUUUGUUCCAUUAGAAAUACCACAAUGAAGAAGACUGCUGUAGGAGUCAUGUAUACAUGAGUACUCUUCUAUGGUCAUUUGUCUAUUCUUCUUGGUAGAAAGUUGUCAGCCAUAGUAUAAAUGGGCAAAUUAUUGCACUAUAUAGGGGCUUUUGGCUUGUUAGCAAAAGAUAAUGGAUGUAGCAUCAUCUUGGAGGCAAGUAUCUGUGAGCCGCCUUGGGUCCCUCCUGGAGAAAGGUGGCACACAAAUGAAAUAAAUAAAUAUGUUUUCAUAGCUGAUAUUAGGCAUAUGGAGAUGCAACGUGUGGAAUUACACAUGCAGUUCUUAUUUAUAAAGUAACUGGCCCUUUCGCACUCACAUUUUAUAAAACGUUUAUUGUGACUACAGUUCAGAUAAGCCCAGGUCUUCUCUGCCUGUAAGUCUCAGAAUUUUCAUAUCCACCGGUCUAGGCAAAGAAGUUUAUUUAUCUACUGGUGCAGCUAAUAUAGCUCUUUUCUUAUGACCCCUCCCUUUACUUUUGUUACUCCAAUCCAGAUUUUCAGAGCUUUUGAAGCAGUUCACAAAACUUGAACUCUGAGUUCCCUAAUCUUCUCAUACAUCCUGAUAGUAUUGUGCUUCUCUAUUCAGAAGGAAGCCCCCCCCCCCCCCAACUUCAGGGUGAAUUUCUCAAGGAAGCACAAAGCAGCUCAGAGCCUCAGUUAGCAGAAGAUAUAUGCAUAACAUUCAGCAUAGUGGUUGUGUUUAAAUUUAAUAAACAAGCACAUAGCUGUCCCAAGACAUUCUGUUCCUUGAGCCAAAGGAAAGGAUAGCACCACCCAACUGCAUGAAGAGAAGCCAACUGCAGUGGCAAUUGAGUGCCACCAUGUAAAAGCAGUAGGGUAGUUUUACCAGUAUAGUGCGGUUUUACCAAAGUUGGGUAUGACAUACAAUUAGCUCUGUCCUCCCAAUACCUCCUUGCUGUUUAUUUGCUCUGGUUAUCUGCUUGCCAGCCACUGAAAUGCAGUAGUGGCAGCAAUGCCUGUCUCUGUUCUCUGCUGUAGUGUGUGGGCUGGGCUGAUUGGUUUUUUCCUUGCUCACUCAAUCACAGGCUCAUCUCAGUGGUACAUUGGAAGAAGGCAGACAAGCUAACCAGCCAGGCUAGACUAGUCAAAAGCAAGCAUCACUGCUGCUACCACCACCACCAGUGAGUUGAGAGGGCUGCUGAUGGGGACAUCCAGCAGAACAACUUCUACAUGAAGUGGUUGCUACCUUGCUCUGUUAGGUAAAAGCCAUGGCUGAAACACUUUCUGUUUGCUAGAACACUAUUAUGCUAGCAAGAGCAGUAUCUUGCUAUGAACAAUGAUACAAAAAUUUAUGUUGAAAACUGUUCUCCAUGCAGAAAGCAUCACAAGACAUACAUCAGUUGAGGACCUGGCUUUGUCUUAAUAGAACCUGCUAACCCAUCUGAAGAUAGAAUGGAUCAAACAAUGUAUGUCAGAUAGUUAUCCCCAAACACUCAAUAGCACUACAGUAAAGAUCUUUAAACUGUACUAAAGCUGGACUGGAGUAACAUUAAUAAUGCACUGUUCCACUUCUGAGGGAAGACAUCCAUUGCAUUAAGUUGCUGAAAUGCCCUUUGGGUAGAAUGUUUUCUGUGUAGAAAAAAAAAGGCACUGAUUUAAAUCAGAGAUGAGUUUUGCACUCAAGUGAUGAACAUUCUGGGUUCUCUUUCUAUACCACUCUUGGUAUAUACCUUCAAUGAGAAAGAAGAAUCAUCUUUGAACCAAUAGCAUAUUCAAAAUCAAAAUUUAAAAAUUACUGAUAUGAUAGACAAGAUGGUGAAAAGCAGUACAUGACAAUAGAACAGUGGGUAAUGUAAAAUAAUGAGGUAUUAUAAAGCAAGUUGUAAGAUAACAGCUUAAUGUGGCUAGCAACAAAGUGAAGCAGUUGCAAUGUGAUUAGCACAAAAGGCUGAUGAAAUAAUGAAUGAAAUGGUAUACAAGGCAACAUAGAUAGCAUCUAAUGUAUAAGAAAAUCAGAAUAAAUCUCAAACAUUAAAUCCUAGCUUGAUCCAACAUCCCCAUUAGUUUAGCAAAAUUAAGUGUUUUAAAUUUCCAGUUAAAAAAAGAAGAAAACAAGGGAUCAGGAUUCUUAGAUUAGAUGAUUGUCACAAAAUUUUAACCAUGCCAGAUCUGAAUAGGAGGCUAAACACAAACUAUCUGGCAACCCCCCCCCCCAAAAAAAAAAACCCACAAAAAACAUUGCUAGUCAUCCCUCCAUGUGUUCUCUUAUCUACUUUUUAGCUGGACCUUUCCAUAAGAUUGUCACCAUGCACAUGUCUGACUUUGCCAGACAUCAAAGCCCAGAAACAUGCCUGAAUUUUACAGACUUGUAAGCUGACUGUCCUCAGCUUUGAUGUCUUCAUUAAUAAUGAAUACAAGUGUAUGUUCCUAUAAGACAGGAUAUGAUUGUGUGGGCAGGAUUGAUGUGUGCAUACAGGUACCCAGAUUAAUUGGUUUUAUGUCCUGACUGUAAAUCAUAUGUACCUGUUGAACCUGUAUUCAGUCAUUGAAUGCUGGCUCAAAUUUAUAAAAGAAUAUGCUUUAUCAAAACAUGUUGCACCUGCUUUAGAUCCUUCCUAGUUCUUUAUUCUCUUUUUUAAUGAGGAGACUUCAAGACUUUGAAUUCUUUAGUCCCAGCAGUAGAAUGAAGCAAACUGUAAUCAACUUAUCAAAGACACACAUACUUGGAUCAAAUUAAUUUCAAAUUAAUUUAAAAUAAAAAGUAAUUUAAUUUAAUAUAAAUCUUAUUCUUACUCUAUGGUAGUCAUAAGAGAACAAUAAAAUGUAUUUAAGAGACUCAUGGUAACAAUAAGAUACAAAUUUAUAAGUCAUUUCUAAACUGCCAUGGUCUAAAUUAUUUCACAGUCACAGAGAGGUUAAGAGCUAAACUCUCGGUUUUGAAGUAUAUUUUAAUUGGAGGGAACCUCCAGUGCAGAUGCUGUCUUAUCUUCAGACAUCCCUCAUUAGUCUGUCUGCAAAAGGCCAAUCUUUUCUUGGAUGGAUUUUUUCCUAUCUUGUAUCCCAUAUUUCAUUUUCAAGGUCACACUGGCCUCACUACUGUGGGUUCACGCAGCUGAAAAAUUCCAUCACUGCAUCCCUGAACCAAAGUCUUCCUCAUCCAGAAUCUUUGUUCGCUUGAGAUGGCUAGCCUUUAGACCUCAGCUCAUUUUUCAUCAGUUCUGGUACUUCAGAACAGGUAAUGAACAUAGUCACUUUCAAGUUCUCCUGAUAGGAUAGGCUUUAUGUAGGUAAUUGAUUGAUCACAGUGCAAACAGAAAAUUGCACUACAGCAGUUUUUAGUCAGAUCCAACAUUUCUCAGCAUAUCUUGUAUUGUUCAUAAUUUAGAAGUGACAGAUUUAUUCCUCACUUUAGAAUUGAACAAUUGUGGAAAUCUCAUAUUUGCAUCUAAUUAUUUGACGUUUACUGCUUUCUGUGAUAGGCAAUGAAUAGCAGAAGCUACAUCAUAACAACACUUUAUACAUUCCCAAGAAACUAAUUCAAGUUCUUGCAAUAUAGUCGUAAAGAUUUUCCUAAUGAUUUGAAAUGUAGGAAAUUUAGCUUUUCCCUGCUGACAGAAUCAUUGUGCACCUUCAAGUGAUGUCUGUCUUAUAGUGGCACUAAGGUGACUCUGUUGCAGGAUUUCCUCUGCAGAAUUUGUUCAGAGGGGGUUUGCCUUUGCCUUCCUCUGAGGCUGAGAGAGUGUGAUGUACUCAAGGCACCCAGUGGGGUGGAAUAUAGAAGAUGCCAGGUAAUUCUUAACUCUUGUCAAGAUGUGAUAUAAAUCUGUAGUUGCCUGAGAUAUAGGAAUAAUACAUGCAGCUGAAACAGUUCCAUUCCAAAGCCUGAAAAUUUACUGGAGUUAAAGCCUUGGAGAUUAUCAGACAGGGGAUGGUAUGUCCUUGUCCCAUCCUUAUAGCGUGAUCACAAAAAGAUUUUCAUAUGGUGUCAUGCUUAUUCUGCCAGUGUCCUAUCAUUAAUCAUUAAACUACGAUUGACCGUGAUCGCACAAAAGACUUUCAUAUGACGUCAAGCUUAUCCUCUCAUUGUUCUGUCCUUGCCCUUCAUUUUGUAUUAACAGAAGAAUGUGUUCAUGCAAUUCCACUUCACUGACCGUUUAAUGACGGGAUCAGUGUGAAUGUGUGGAUGUUUUCUACGUAAUCGCUGUCAUGGACAGGUUUUGCUUCUGUCCGAUAAUCUCCCUUGUCUGUUGUUAGUGACAGUGGACUGUAGGUGGCAAUCAGGUGCCGGUAGAAAAGAUGCGAAGGAAUAUAUGGAUGUUAUAUACAAGAAACGGUAAGAUGCUUGGCUGAAGAGAAAAGCAGACAGUCUGCACUUUCCUUUCCAUUCUUUCUUAGCAAAAAUUGAAUAUAGAAGUAGAAUAUUCUUGAUUCUAGCAGGAAAAUUUGCUCAGAAGUCUGUCAUGCAUACCUCCGACAACACAAUCACAUGGUUGAACAUGUUAAUUAAAACUUCCUAUGAAUUUUGUUUUUGUUUAGCAAACCCUACAAUCUCACCAAGGCAAGAUCGCAUGAGUAGUUCUUGCUUAAGGAAACCCGACUAAAUUCAUGAAUUAGCCAUAAGUCAACAAGUGACUUGAAGGCAUAUACACACAAUGAUGGGCUGUAUCCCAGUCUGAAUGUCCUGCUUUAAUAGAGUUUGUAGCUGAUGAGAAGUGUAUCUUUUUAAUAUGUCAGGCAGUAUUCACGUAUUGAGCCCAUGUGGUAUUGUGGUUUGAGGGAUGGAUUAGGACACUGGCAGCCCAGGGUUUGAAUCCCCUGCCCAGCCUAGGGAGCCUACUGGGUGACCUAAGGCAAGUCACAUUCUCUAAGCCUUAGGAAGGCAAGGGCAACCCUCCUCUGAACUAAUUCUGCCAUGAAAACACUGUGAUAGGUUCCCUUUAGGGUCACCAUAAGUCAGAAAUGACUCAAAAAUGACUCACACAGCAACAAAUACAUGAGUGUACUAUGUCUUGGUUGUUGUAAGUGCACAAGCAAAAAAUGAAGUGCUACCACUUGAGAAGAAUGAUCAGAUGGGGCCAAAGUUGACUAUAGCCUUUGUGCUGGGUGACCAGGUCUCCAGUGGCAUGUUCUCACCAUGAAAAAAAAAUCCUCUGAACCUGCCUGUGUGUAGUUAGGUCCUUUCCUACCCCAUGGUUUCUUGCAGUUCCCUGUGGUUUUAUAAUCUGCCCACCAUUUAUUUCUUUGUGGGUCACACUAUCCCAUAUGGCACUUCCGCUUAUUCUCUAGGGCCGUGGUUCUUACCAUGUUGACGUCUAAAAUCGCUGCAGAGUAAAAGGUUUAGAAGUACUGGUCUAGAGAGCACGCGUGUGCCAAUGACCCUGUGGGGGGGGGAUGAGGAAAAAGAAUCUCUUUUUCGACACAUGUGCCAGCAACCCGGGGGGGGGGGGGGGGAUGGGAUGAAGUUCAGCAGAAUCUCUCCCUUUGAACUAGUUUGUGAAGGGCAGGUUGAGCCACUGAAAGAAAUAGCCUUCUUUUUCCAAUGCAACAGCCUCCAUUUUCCUUCCUGCUCAGUUUUCUAGAAUCAUAGAGUUGGAAGGAGACCCCAAGGGUCCUCUAAUCCAAUAGCUCUCUACCUUCAGUCCUCCAGACAAUUUGGAUUUCAGCUCCCAUGAUGCCUGAUUGUUGGCCAAGUUGGCUGGGAUUUCUGGGAGCUGAAGUUCAAAACAGAUGGACGACCCAGGAUUGGGAAACACUGCUCUAGUCCAAAUUCCUGUUACUGAAGGACCACACUGUCAUACCAUUGCAGACUGCUGCUGGGAAAAAUUAGGGUCUAGCAUCAUGAGAAUAUGUUUGGGCCCGCCUAGUGGUAGUCAUAGUCUUGAUGCUGCAUAUGGAAAUAAUGCACAAGUUCUCAUCUGCCAUUCUGUAGUCAGUCACCAAAUCUGAAGACAUCCUUUCUGAAUACUCCACUGUCAUGAGUUGUUUUGCUAUUCCAAGAAAUUUGCUGCUGUUUGUCAUCUUGGCUUCCUCAUUCAGCAACAUACCCUGGAUCUCAGAUCUGUUAUGGAUUAGCUGAAUAAUACUGCUCCUAAUACAAAUAUUUAGGUAAUGACCAAGAAGGCUAAGGCAAAAUGUUAAAUACUGUGAACAUGUUAGAACUGGUGUGCUUUGGUUUUUAAAAUCCUGGAACAUUGAAGGCAUUAUUGCAUUGACACUGGACAUUUAUCCAGCAACAAUGGUCAUGCAAAAGCUAUUUUGUCCACAGGCAAAAUAAUUUUUAUUUUCAUAGGCUUUGGGCCUUUAAUUUUUUUGUUGUUAUGGAGAGGUUUCUAAUGGGGUGCUGUACAUUUUUGUUUUUCCCCCUUCCUGUUAUGUUUCAAGUGUUUUAAAACUGACUUGAUAAUUUAAUUUUUAAUAUUUUUGUUAUGCUAUUAUGAUUUAUUUUAUCUGUACUCUGUUUUAAUACAUGUACAAGAAACUUUGGAUUACGCAGCAAGAAAAAGAUGGGAUAUAAAUAAAGUUAAAUACAAAUACUGUUGAAAAAUCAAUUUCCAUCCCAUUCUAGGGGGCAUCUUUUCCAAAGUGUUAAGGGCUUGUGGGAAGGGUUCCAGCUUCAAGAGGCGAUUCCAUGUUUACAUGGAAACCAUGCAGUGUUACUUGGAAACUCUACUGUUAAGAGUUCCUGCCAGUUGUGUUUUGGAUUGCAUCCCUCAUUACUGUACAGCAUUUCUUUUAUGCUGAAUAAAGAACAUUUUGGUGAAGCUACAAA